AUGACCAAUCCAAGAGGGAAAUGCAAGGCCAUCACAUUAAGAAGUGGGAAGGCAGUGAAGGAGGCACCCUCAAGCCACAACUUGCAGGAAGAAGAGGCUUCCAAGAACUUAGAAAUCAAAGAGGAAGAAGAGAUACAUACUACAACUCCACCAAAGGAAGUCAUGAAGCCCUAUGUGCCAAAAGCACCCUACCCACAAAGGCUAAGAAAAGAUAGGAAGGACAGCCAGUUUUCUAGGUUCUUGGAGAUCUUCAAGAGGCUUCAAAUUAACAUACCUUUUGCUGAAGCAUUAGAGCAAAUACCACUCUAUGCUAAGUUUCUAAAGGAGCUCAUGACCAAGAAAAGAAUCUGGGGAGAGAAGAAAACCGUAGUGCUCACAGAGGAAUGUAGUGCCAUUAUACAAAAGAAGCUUUCCCAAAAGAUGAAGGAUCCUGGGAGCUUCCAAAUCCCAUGCAUCAUAGGAGACAUUAGUAUUGAGAAAGCAUUGUGUGACCUGGGAGCUAGCAGCAACUUUAUGCCCUUGGCCAUGAUGAAGAGAAUGAGAAUUGAAGAAGCCAAGACAACAAGAAUGGCACUUAAACUAGCAAAUAGAACAUUCAAGUUCCCCCAUGGAGUAGUGGAGGACUUGUUCGUUAAGGUGGGAGAAUUCAUCUUCCCAGCAGAUGUUGUAGUGCUUGACAUAGAAGAAGAGGCCAAUGCAUCAAUCAUACUAGGGAGUCCAUUUUUGGCAACAGCUGGAGCUAUAAUUGAUGUAUAA